AUGGCGGCUGCCAUAACCGAUCCAAACGAACGAAAAGAAUCACCUUUACCGACUGUAAAUGAACGCUUGGGACAUCUAAAACCUUCAAGAGAACUGCUUGAAUAUUACAGAAGGAAAAUUGCGGAAUAUGAUGGCGAAUACGACGAAAUGGCCCGUAAACUGGAGCUUUACAAAUGUACCUAUGAAGAACAGGUAAGCUUAAUGUUUUUUGUAUUAACAGUUAACAGAGAGCUUGCAACUCUGUAUUUUGUCGCCGCUAUACUUAUUUAUGUCAUUGAGUUUAAAGAAUUUUCCCUCCCUAAAUUUUAAGCAUAAAACACAGUGGGAAUUGCGACAACGUGAAGAAGAAAUCGCUGAACUACAGAAAGCUCUUAGUGACAUGCAGGUCUACCUCUUUCAAGAACGUGAACAUGUUUUGAGGUUGUAUGCGGAGAAUGACAGGCUAAAAAUACGUGAAAUUGAAGAUCGCAAGAAGAUACAACAAUUGCUAAGCCUUUCUAAGACUACAGCACCAGAAAUAACAUAUUUCCACCACCAGCCUCCUGCCAAGGCUAUUGUCAUCCAACAUAAACCCAAGGAUAAAGAUGAACCGGGUAGGACAGCUAGGAGACGACCUCUGACUGGACGCGGUCCGGGGGGACACAAGAGAGGUAAUUUCUAUGGAGUUACCCCAAGGGAACGAUUAUUCAUUGCGCCCCAUGCGGGUUGAUUCUCAGUAGAAGCUUCUGGUAUGUUAUUGUCUCUAGCUCGGCUAGUUUAAGGGAUGUUCCAUUCCAUCAUUUAUUCCAAUCGCCUCCCACAUCCCUAUCCAUGGAUGAGCGUCCUCUGCAGAAAACUAGUAGGAAUCCGUUUUAAAGGGACAUACACAAAAUGAGGAGAGUUGAAAAGAUUUUUUUCCAAAAAAAGGUGAGGUGGUAGAAAUCUGCUCAUCCAUGGGUUGGCGGAAGGGGUGUUCCAUUGUUUUUAGGCACUUCUUUUUGUCUAAUAUAUACUAACUGUCACUGUUACUUACUGGGUAGGGUAUGCAGAAACUUAAACUAGGCAAGGCUGUGCUGUAAGAUUGAGAAAGACUGCACGGAACCCAGUACCCUAGAACUGUACAAUCAAAGGUGCUCAGGGUAUGACUCCUUAGUGGCCUCUGGGUGCUGAACACAUUCCUUAUUUGAAGGCCCAGACUGCACCUACUCACCUUGGACCAAUUUAGGUUUCUGGGAAACUGCCCACCUACCCCUCCCCUAAGCUAACAUUAACACUCACUUCUCACUUAGGACAAAAUGUUGGCUUAGGGGAGGCUAAAUAUUGAUCACUCAUUUUAAACCUUACCCAAUUAAGUUUUAAUUGUAACCAAGUUUGCUGAGUUGACAUGUUAAUUUUACUUGUCUUACAUAUGGAGAUUCCUCUGGAAAUGUACGUCUAGUUAAAAACCCAGCUGAAAUGGAAGACAACCAGACCCUUCUGCUUCAAAUAGAGUCACUGCAAGCUCAACUAGAAGAGCAGACCAAGCUGGCAAAAGAACAAGUUGAUGCACUGUUGGAAGAUCGUCGAGUACACAUGGAGGAACAACAAGCACAGAGAGAACGAGAUUCAGACAAGAUACAAAUGAUGCAGGAAAAGCUACGGAAAACACAUGAUCUUCUUUAUGACAGCACAAAGGAUUUCCUUGAGCUUAAAUAUGAGAUAAGGGCCAAUGAGAGACACUGGAUGGUGGAAAGAGACAGACUUGUCCAAGAAAUUGAUCACUUGCGAGAACAGCUGGAUGUGUCAGGUGCAAGCAUAUUGGAAGUGUCGGGUGAAGUUGUUGAACCUCGUCAGGCACAGCUCAUUGCUGUACAGUCACUAAGACAUCAGCUUGAACAGUCACAGAAACUUGCAGAAAUGUACCGAGAGCAGUGUAUUGGUCUAGAAGAUGAGUUGGCAAGGAUAAGGGAACGCACUGAUGUUAGUGAGGACAUUUUCAAGGAGCGAGCAGAGAAGAUGAGUAAGAGAUUGGUUUUGAUGAAUUCCAGAUAUGAGAACUUAGAAAAGAGAAGGGCUUUGGAAGUUGAAGGGUUUAAAACAGACAUUAAAAUGCUAAGAGACAAGCUUAAGAAUGUUGAAAAGCAGUUAUUCAAGGUAAGCCCCUGUGUUUUCAGGGCUUUGUUUACAAUUAUUAUUAUUGUUUUGGAAAGUAAGUAAGUUCUAUAUUAAUAUUUUAUCAGCGGAGUAAGCUAUUGAAAUGAAGCUGCUGCAGCCAUGUAUCCACACCGGUUUCCACCGUUUUACGAAAAUCAGUCAACGUUUUCAUAAAUAAAUAAACUUUUCUUGAAAAAAACUUUCCAAGUUAAAAUCUGGACAACAUUCUGACUGAAUGACUCAGAGACCCAGGAAAGAGUGACUUUAGGGAGUAAAAAUCAAAAAAAAAUUUUCACAGGGGUACAUGCCCACGGAUCCCCCUACAAACGUAUGCCUUCAGUGCUCGUUUAGGAAAAUGGUCAGUAUUCAUCCUAGAUCCACACCUGUGCUGAGUCUGGUAAAGCUAAAAAAUAAAGUUGAGACUAUGUUAGACUUGUCACAAGUUGACUGUGUGAGUGCCAAAGGCACAAGGAAUGCUUGCGAAUUAGGCCAUGCCUGCUUAGUUAUGUUUGAAACAAGGAAUCUGAUUGCAGAUUCAUCGUUUACAGCAUGUAAAGAUUAGUAAAAGAUGGAGAAAACUUUACAAUAAAUCAUCACUGUUCACAAUUACUUCACUGCACAAUAACCUUAAAAAGAUUUGGUUUGAAUGACUGAAAUUUUCCUGUUCAUUUCAGGUUACUGUUAACAUGGGUGAUGACUAUGAUGAAGAAGUUCUUAGGAAUGUGCGGAAAACUGCUGGAAAAUCAAAGAAACUUGUUGGAGAACUUCAUAAUCUUAAGGCCAAGAUUUAUUCAUUAGAAAAUGAUAUCAGACACAUGGGAUAAACUUGUUUUUUUUUGUUGUUGACCUUUUUACACUUUGAACUUUAAUAAGCCAA